AGAGACGCUUCGGGCUUCCAGGUGUUUGGGGAAACGUGACAGGGUACGGUGACUUACUGGGCUGAAUGAAAUUAUUGAAGCUGGGUAUAUGCGAAUAAGAAGAGACGCAAGUUGGGGGCCGGUUGUUAACGCGUUACCUGGCUGUGCUUGUGAUGUAGCUGUUUACCUGUAAUUGCUGCCUGCCUGACUACCUACUGUGAGGGGGUUUGAGAGCCAUACAACUAUGGAUGAGGACUUCCCAACCCUGAAGCCAAGACGUAUCCAAAAUCAGAACGUGGUCCAUCGUCUUGAGAGGCGUAGGAUCUGCUCCGGCCGACCUGGAGCUCACUGGUACCGAGUGCGCUGUUUCCACCAGAACCUGUUCCCUAACUUCACUGUGGUUAAUGUGGAGAAGCCACCCUGCUUCCUCAGGAAAUUUUCACCAGAUGGACGCUGUUUUAUUGCCUUCUCCUCUGACCAGACCUCCCUGGAGAUAUAUGAAUACCAAGGCUGCCAGGCAGCUCAGGACCUGCUGAGAGGCCAAGAAGGAGAAACUCUUCUCACCAACAACGACCAGCGCUCCCUCAACAUCCGAGGACGCCUUUUUGAGCGAUUCUUCUCUUUGCUCCACGUUACAAAUGUAGCCUCGAAUGGAGAACACCUGAACCGGGAAUGCAGCCUCUUCACAGAUGACUGCCGUUAUGUCAUUGUCGGAUCGGCUGUUUAUGUACCUGAGGAGCCGCCCCCGUACUUCUUUGAGGUGUACCGCAACAACGAAUCUGUGACUCCCAACCCACGGUCUCCUUUAGAAGACUACUCUCUUCACAUCAUUGACCUCCACACUGGUAGGCUGUGUGACACCAGGUCCUUUAAAUGUGACAAGAUCAUCCUGUCACACAACCAGGGCCUCUACCUCUACAGGAACAUCUUGGCUGUGCUGUCGGUUCAGCAACAGACCAUCCAUGUCUUCCAGGUGACUCCAGAUGGAACGUUUCUGGAUGUGAGGACUAUCGGUCGGUUCUGUUAUGAGGACGACCUCUUGACUCUUUCAGCUGUUUAUACAGAAACUCAGGCUGAGAGUCAGCCAGGCUUCCCCCGUCUGUACGCAGACAAAACCAUCAACUCCCUCAAGCACAGACUGCUGGUCUACCUCUGGAGGAGGGCUGAGCAGGACGGUAGCGCCACAGCCAAGAGGAGGUUUUUCCAGUUUUUCGAUCAGCUGAGAAGGUUAAGAAUGUGGAAGAUGCAGCUGUUGGAUGAGCAUCACCUCUUCAUCAAAUACACCAGUGAAGACGUGGUCACGCUCAGAGUUACCGACCCCUCGCAGCCAUCGUUCUUCGUUGUGUACAACAUGGUGUCCACGGAGGUUCUGGCUGUCUUUGAGAACACCUCUGACCAGCUGCUGGAGCUGUUUGAGAAUUUCUGUGACCUGUUCAGAAAUGCUACCCUGCACAGCCAGGCCGUCCAGUUCCCCUGCUCCGCUUCAUCCAAUAACUACGCACGGCAGGUCCAGAGAAGGUUUAAGGACACUAUUGUGAAUGCCAAAUACGGCGGUCACACCGAAGCGGUGCGCCGGCUGCUGGGUCAGCUGCCCAUCAGCGCACAGUCCUACAGCAGCAGCCCUUACCUCGACCUCUCCCUCUUCAGCUACGAUGACAAAUGGGUGUCAGUGAUGGAGAGGCCUAAGACCUGCGGAGACCACCCCAUCAGAUUUUACGCACGUGACUCCGGCCUGCUGAAGUUUAAGAUCCAGGCAGGCCUGCUGGGACGGCCUGUUAAUCACACCGUGCGUCGCCUUGUUGCCUUCACCUUCCAUCCUUUUGAACCCUUUGCCAUCUCCGUCCAGCGCACCAACGCAGAGUACGUAGUCAACUUCCACAUGAGGCAUGUGUGCGCGUGAGGAGCUGGUGUAUAAAUUGACUCACACUUGGAGACAAACUGCGGGCCUGUUGGGCUUCUGUUAGCAGCUACUGGUGACAAUACAACAAACAUGUCCUCCAUCAGGAGGCGCAAAACACUUUGUUCUCUUAGUCGCCGUCUCCUCCAGAGAAGUCAGCAGCCCUUUCCCUGCAUUCCUCUCCUGAUGGAAACCACUGUUCCUCUCCUCUUUCCCCCGCCAUCACACAGCACUCACUCCACCUCAGCCCCUCUUCUCCCUCAGCGAGAAGGCUGCAAUUCUGUCUUUUCCCUUUUGCCUCCUCUUUCCCCCUUCUUCUGCCAAACAAAGAGCGACCUGUCGGGAGGAGAGGCUGGAACAAGUGUAAAUGGAGAUGUGGAGAGAGUGAUUGAUGUGCAGCUGAGGUGGGAGCUGUAGGUAGCCGGACCUCUCAGAAGGAACCAAAGGUGUUUUCUUUUUCCUGCCGUGCACAUUCAAGUCCGAAUUUCUAAUCUAGUCGGUGUGUGUGAGCAGCAGUCAAGCAAACUUUCUUUUUUCUCACAUGGAUGGAGAAAGCGGUCA